CCGGGGGCCGGUACGCGCCGGGACCGCCCGCGCCCAGCUCGGCUCGGCUCAGCUCGGCGCAGCUCGGAGCGGUGCAGCCCCGCGGUGGGCUCCCACGAUGAGCAGCGGGCUCCUGCUCCUCACCGUGCUCCCUGUGCUCCUGGGCCCACCGGUUGCCGCGGUGCAGAAGAGGAGCCAAGCGGUGUGUGAGGACGUGCUGGAGGCUGACAUCGCCUUCCUGGUGGACGGCUCGUCCAGCAUCGGCAGGAACAACUUCCGCGCCAUCCGCACGUUCAUGGAGGAGCUGGUGGUGCCCUUUGUACAGGCGGUGGGCGAGAGGGCUGUGCGCUUCGCCGUGGCACAGUACAGCGACGAGCCAAGGAUGGAGUUCUCCUUCUCCCAGCACACCAACGGCACCAGUGUCCUGAGGGCCAUCCAGCAGCUCAGCUACAAGGGUGGCAACACGCGCACCGGUGCUGGCUUCCGCUACGUGGCUGACAACUUCUUUGGUCCCACACAGCUCCGGCCUGGAGUCCCCCAGAUCUGCAUCCUCAUCACGGAUGGCAAGUCCCAGGAUGAUGCUGAGGGGCCGGCAGCAAAGCUGAAGAGCCAGGGCAUCAAGGUCUUUGCCGUCGGAGUCAAGAAUGCCGACCGCAAGGAGCUGAUCCGUGUGGCCUCGAUGCCCACUGAUGCUUUCUUCUUCUAUGUUGGUGACUUCAAGCUGCUGGGGACGCUGGUGCCACUGAUGACACGCAGGGUGUGCACGAGCGUCGGGGGUACCCUGCGCACGCUGGAUGGGACGAGCCACAGCGGCCCCUCAAACCUGGAGUUCCUGGAGCGGGGCCUUGACCAGCUGCGGAUCCGCUGGACCGCAGCCAGCGGCCCCGUCACCGGCUACCGGGUGCAGCGUGUGCCGCUGACCGGGCUGGGCCAGCCGGUUGUGGCUGAGAGGCAGGAGGUGAGCCUGGGGCCACGGGAGACCAGUGCUGUGCUGCGGGGGCUGCGCGCGGGCACCGAGUACCUGGUCACUGUCACUGCCCAGUACGCCAACAGCAUCGGAGAGUCCGUGUCCGGGCGAGCGCGCACCCAGAGCCCGGCUGGCUCCGUGCUGGACUUCCGCGUGGUGGAGACUGGACCAACAUUCCUGCGGCUGGCCUGGCAGCCUGGCCCUGAGCCCCCGCAGGGCUACAGCCUCAGCUACGGUGUGCAAGGAGCAGCCCAGGCGCAGGACAAGAGCCUGGGGGCCAGUGCGCAGUCAGCCACACUCAGCAACCUGCGCCCCGACACCGAGUACAUGGUGACGCUGCGGCCCCGCUACCCGCAGCAGCCUGCCCGCCCCAGCACCCUCACCGCAAGGACACGGCGCCCGGUGGCUGUGCAGCACUUGGCUGUUCACAAUGUGUCUGCGCAGAGCAUGCUGCUGUCCUGGCAGCCUGUCAGCGGGGCCACUGGCUACCGGCUCUCCUGGGCCACCCUCACAGGGCAGGACAGGCACAGGGUGGACCUGGAUGCUGGGCAGAUGUCACAUGCGCUGGGAGGGCUGCAGCCCAACACUGACUAUGUGGUGGCUGUGGCCCCACUCUUCGGGCAGCUGGAGGGACCUGCAGCCACCAUGCGGCAGAGGACGGAGGCGGGUGCAGAGCAGAUGCUGCGAACCAACAUCCUGGGCCCCACGUCCAUCCAGGUGCUCUGGACCAGUGCCCGUGAUGCCCGUGGCUACCGCCUGGAGUGGAAGAGAGCCACAGGACCGGAGCCCCCCAGGACAGUGUCACUCCCUAGCAGCACCAACACCUACCAGCUGACAGGGCUGCAGCCGGGCACCGAGUACCGCAUCACCCUCUACACGCUCUACGAUGGCAGGGAGGUGGCCACCCCCGUUACCACCUUCCAGACAGACGUGGAGGUGCCCGUGGGAGCAGUGUCGGACCUGCGGGUGCUCGAGGAGUCGGCCCGGUGGCUGCGGCUGGGCUGGACGGGUGUCACUGGUGCCACCGAGUACAAAGUGGUGGUGCGGAACAGCCAGGAUGGCACGGAGAGGACGAGGCGCGUCCCCGGCAGCCAGACGGGGCUGGAGCUGAGUGACCUCCGCGAGGGCAUCACGUACCUGGUGCGCGUCUCGGCGCUCGCAGGCAGCCGGGAGGGCAGCGCGGCCACGCUCACCGUCCGCCGCAAGCUGCCGGCAGUGGGCAGUGUGUCCGACCUGCGGGUGAUGGAGGCGAGUCCCGGCCAGCUCCGGGUGACCUGGCGGGGGCUGCCGGGCGCCGGGGGCUACCGGCUGAGCUGGCGGAGCAGCGACGGUGUGGAGCAGUCCCGAUUCCUCCCCGCCGACCCCACCGCCUUCACCAUCGAGGGGCUGCGCCCCGGAGUCGUCUACACCGUUGGUGUCUCUGCCAUUGUGGAUGGGCGUGAGGGCAGCCCCGUCACCGCCACGGCACGGACCGCACCUGAGCAGGUGGGGACAGUGUCGCGGCUGGAGGUGCAGGCAUCUAGGAGCAACAUCGCCCGCGUCACCUGGGUCGGUGUGCCAGGAGCCACAGCUUACCGUGUGGUGUGGAGCCGCAGGGAUGGGGGCUCGGAGAGCAGCCGCCAUGUCCCUGGCCACAUCAGCUCCUUUGACAUCCCUGACCUGGAGGGAGGCGUCUCCUACACAGUGAAGGUGACAGCGCUCAUUGGAAACCGCGAGGGCAACCCUGUCUCCAUCGUUGUCACCACCCCGGAGGCAGCGCCGGUGCCUCCCGUCAGCAACUUGCAGGUGAUGGAGGCCUCGGAGCACCGGCUGCGCCUGGCCUGGGUGCCGGCUGCUGGCAGCGCCGGGUACCGCCUGGUCUGGCGCCUGGCUGAAGGGGGGCCCCAGCGCAGCCACCAGCUCCCAGCCACGGCCACCGCCUACGAGCUCACGGGGCUGGAGCCAGGACGGCGCUACCACAUCACUAUCACCAGCCUGGCCGGUGGCCGGGAGAGCGAGCCAGCCACCAUCACCGGUGUUACCACUGCCCUGGGCCGUGUCACCAGCCUGCAGGUGACAGAUGUCCGAAGGGACUCGGUGACGCUCACCUGGAGCCCCGUCCCCGGUGCCUCUGGCUAUAUCCUCUCCUGGACCCCCCCCACAGCGGGCAGGGAGUCGGGGCGCACACUGCCCGGCACUGCCAGCUCCCAGCAGGUCUCGGGGCUGCGCCUGGGCCAGCGCUACACCUUCACCCUGCGCCCGCUGCUGGGCAGCACACCCGGAGCCGAGACGUCCGUCAGUCAGCGCACAGUGUGCAGGGAUGCCCGUGGUGAUGUCGUGUUCCUGGUGCAUGGCACCCGCGACAGCUCUUCUGGCGCUGAUGCCAUCCGCGCGCUGCUCUCCAACACCGUGUCUGCGCUGGGGCGCCUGGGCCCGGAUGGCACCCAGGUGGCCCUGGCCACGUACAGCUACCGCAGCCUGCCCUGGCUGCUGCUGAACCGCUCCAGCGACCUGCCCGCCGUGCUGGAGCAGAUCCGCACCAUGCGCUACGAGGAGCCCAGCGGCAAUGCCAUUGGGGCAGCCAUCACCUUUGCCAGGACCUACCUGCUGAGCCCUGGGGCAGGGCGCCGGCCUGGUGUGCCAGCCGUGCUGGUGGUCCUGGCUGACGGCCCCUCUGGGGAUGAUGCCAUUGCUGCAGCCAGGGAUGUCAAGGCUGGGGGGGUCCAGGUGCUGGCGGUGGGACUGGAGGGAGCAGACCGGGAGCAGCUCCGGCACAUGGUGACUGGGGAGGACCCGCGGUACCUCUACCAUGGCAGUGGUGCCCUGGCUGAGGUGGAGGGAGAGCUCACUGAUGACCUCUGCACCAUCAUCUCAACCAGGCCGGAGCCGGAGCCGAAACCAAGGCCCUGCGCAGUGCAGUGCCCCAAGGGCAAGAAGGGAGACCGUGGCGAGGCAGGACCACAGGGGCACCCAGGGCCACCGGGCCCCCCUGGACAGCCGGGCCGCCAUGGGCUGCCAGGACCCCCAGGACCACCGGGGCCACAGGGUCUGCCAGGAGGGAGCGUGGAGCAGCCGGGCAAGAAGGGGGACAGGGGAUACCCUGGAGCUGAUGGGACACCAGGAAGCCCCGGCCGCCCCGGGAGCCCUGGAUCACCCGGCCAGCCGGGCAUCCAGGGCGUCCCCGGCCCCCGAGGGGAUCCCGGGACGCGAGGGCCGAUGGGGCUCCCUGGCCUGAAGGGGGAGAAGGGAGAGCCGGGGGAGCCGCGGGUGAUCACAGACGGAAGGCAGGGGCUGCCAGGCCAGAAGGGGGAGCCGGGCAGGCCGGGCAGCCCUGGCCCCCCUGGCAGCCCCGGCACACGGGGGCCCUUUGGCGACCCAGGGCCCCCCGGCCCGCUGGGACCCCCCGGGCCACCGGGACCCCCAGGAGAGUUUGUGAAGGGGGAGAAGGGUGACCGAGGUGAAAGGGGCCCUCCUGGGCUUGUGGAUGGGGCAGCUCCUCGAGGGGAGCCUGGACCCCCGGGUCUGCCUGGGGACCCUGGGCCCCGGGGACCUGCUGGGCCCCCUGGGCUGAAGGGAGAGAAGGGCGAUGGCAGCGAAGGUUUCCCUGGGCUGCCCGGACGCCCCGGGGACCCAGGAGACCGGGGUCCCCGGGGGCCCCCGGGGGAGCAGGGCAGGAAGGGGGACCGUGGGGCACCAGGAGAGCUGGGAGAGACAGGCGAGAAGGGGGAGCGCGGUGCGCCGGGUGCUGAGGGCGAGAAGGGCCAGGCAGGAGCCCCGGGGCGCCCAGGGCCGGCGGGCAGGGAGGGAGCUCCGGGUCCGGCCGGGCCACGGGGGGAGAAGGGUGAACCAGGACCGCCCGGGAAGCCGGCUCCCAGUGUGGCUGGUGUUGGAGGGGAGAAGGGUGACCGAGGCUUCCCAGGACCAGAAGGACCUCCCGGCCCCAAGGGCGAUGCGGGAGAGAAAGGCACCCGUGGUGCCCCUGGGCUGAGCAUCCCCGGGCCAGCCGGCCCCAAGGGUGAGCAGGGCGAUCGGGGCAUCGUUGGCCUCACGGGCAGAAGCGGCCCAAAGGGUGACCCGGGGGAGCCAGGGGAGAAGGGGGAGCCAGGCCGAGCGGGCACCCCGGGACCGAGCGGGCAGCGUGGCAAGGAGGGAGAGCGCGGAGAGAAGGGUGAUGAAGGCACCCCGGGUGAAGCAGGGCUGCCCGGCAAAUCCGGAGACAGGGGCCCACGGGGCCUGCCCGGCUACCGCGGCCCCCCCGGGGAAAAAGGAGACUCAGGGGACCCGGGUCCCGAAGGCAGGAACGGCAGCCCCGGAGCCCCAGGGAGCAAGGGUGACCGUGGGGAGCCGGGGCUUCCUGGACCCCCAGGACGAUCCGUUGAUGUGGGGCUCGGAGGACUGGUGGAGAAGGGUGAGAAGGGGGACCCCGGGGACCCUGGAGAGGACGGGGCGAAGGGCGCCCGGGGCGACGCUGGCUCCCCGGGGCUGCCGGGAGAGAGGGGCGUGGAGGGCCCCCGCGGCCCCCCCGGUGCUCGGGGUGACCCUGGGGUCCGAGGCCUGCCGGGAGAGAAGGGGGACCGUGGCCUGCCGGGGCUGGAUGGCCGAAAUGGGCUGGAGGGCAAACCAGGACCCCCAGGUCCUGCCGGGCUGCGGGGAGACCCCGGGAAGCAGGGGGACCCUGGCCGGGAUGGGCUGCCUGGCCUGCGUGGGGAGCAGGGACUGCCUGGCCCUGUGGGGCCCCUGGGACCACCUGGUGUCCCCGGCAAACCCGGCGAGGACGGCAAACCCGGGCUCAGCGGCAAGAAUGGAGAAGAUGGGACACCGGGAGAGGAUGGGAGAAAGGGUGACAAAGGUGAUGCAGGACCCCCUGGCAGAGAGGGCCGCAGCGGUGCCAAGGGCGAGCAGGGGGACAGGGGCAUCCCGGGGCCCCUCGGCCCCCCCCGGGCUCCCGGCGUCCCGGGGCUGGUUGGGCCCCCAGGACAGGGCUCACCAGGGCUCCGUGGGGCGGCCGGACCCAAGGGGGACCCGGGGGAGCCCGGGCUGCGAGGGGAGCCUGGGCGACCUGGCAGCCCUGGAGCACGUGGGGACCCUGGCACUGCAGUGAACGUGGAACGCAGCCUGGAAGCGCUCGGCAUCAAGGUCUCAUCCCUGAAGGAGCUCACGGGUGCCUAUGAUGGGAGCUCAGACUCAUUCCUGCCAGUGUCAGAGCGGCUGCGGGGCCAGAAGGGCAGCCGGGGAGAGCCGGGCGAGAGGGGGCCCCCGGGUCGGGAGGGCUCCUUGGGCUUCCCCGGCGAGCGAGGACCCAAAGGUGACAAAGGGGACGUGGGUGCCCCCGGCCCACAGGGUCCCACGGGCCGCGCUGUGGGCGAGCGGGGCCCCGAGGGGCCGGCGGGGCAGCCAGGGGAGCCAGGCAAGCCGGGCAUCCCGGGGGUACCGGGCCGGGCCGGGGAGCUGGGGGAGGCUGGGCGGCCCGGAGAGAAGGGUGACCGGGGUGAGAAGGGCGAGCGGGGCGAGCAGGGCAGGGAUGGCUUGCCGGGCCCCCAGGGCCCCCCCGGGCCAAAGGUGGUUGAAGGCAGCCUCAUGGGCUUACCGGGAGAGCGUGGCCCCAUCGGACCCAAGGGAGUGAAGGGCGAGCCGGGAGCUGAGGGCGAGCGCGGACCCAAAGGAGAUAAGGGCGAAGGUGGCCCAAGGGGAGAGCGAGGGGAGCCUGGCGAGAAGGGCAGGGACGGUGCCCCGGGACUCCCGGGUGAGAGAGGGCUGUCUGGUCCCGAGGGGAAACCGGGUUUGCCAGGCUUCCCCGGUGUGCUGGGACGCCCGGGCAGCCCAGGAGACCCGGGACCCCCAGGACCUCCGGGCAGCGCUGGCCCCCCGGGAGCCCCAGGCCCAGCUGGCACCAAGGGUGAUCCGGGAGAGCCUGGCUCUGGCAUCCGGGGCCUGCCUGGUCCCCAAGGCAACAUCGGGCUGCCUGGCCCCCCUGGGCCCCCCGGCCCCGGGGGCCCACCGGGUGUCCCCGGGCUGACGGGACAAGUGGGGGAGAGUGGGAAGCCGGGAGUGCCAGGCCGGGAUGGUGUGCCAGGGAAGGAUGGCGAGGCUGGGAUGCCCGGGAAGAUGGGGGUGCCCGGACCUUCGGGUCCCGCUGGUCCCAAGGGAGAGCCAGGGGAUGCCGGAGCGCCAGGACAGGCUAUCGCUGGCCCUCCUGGUGCCAAAGGGGAGAAGGGCGAGCCGGCACUGCUGGAGGGUGUGCUGCUGGGAGAGCCCGGCUCCAAGGGUGACCGAGGCUUGCCGGGCCCCAAGGGUGAGAAGGGGGAGCCGGGAAGAUUCGGGGAGCCAGGAGAUCCUGGGGAAGAUGGAGCCAAAGGGUCCUCCGGAGCCAAAGGGGAGAAGGGAUCACCAGGGGUUGGCGUGCAGGGACCGCCAGGACAGGAUGGGCCACCGGGUUUGAAGGGCGACAUCGGCUUGCCAGGACUGCCGGGCCCCCCGGGCUUAGCUGGCAUUGCAGGGACACCGGGGCAGCCGGGGCUCAGAGGGGACAGCGGGCAGCCUGGCCCACCGGGGCCCCCAGGAGAGAGGGGUCUGAUCGGCUUCCCUGGGAGAGACGGCACUCCCGGAGCACCGGGACCCGCGGGGCCCCCGGGACCGGCCGGCAUCCAGGGGGCUGCUGGCCUGAAAGGUGACAAGGGUGCGCCGGGAGCUGGGCUGCCAGGGGCCAGAGGAGAGCGAGGAGACCCGGGGCCACGGGGUGAAGACGGGCGCCCAGGGCCAGAAGGGGACCGAGGGCCGGCGGGCUUGCCAGGGAACCGUGGAGAGCGUGGGGACAAGGGAGAUGCUGGGGCGCCGGGGCCCAAAGGAGACAAGGGCGAUACCGUGGUGGUGGAGGGGCCCGUCGGGGCGCGGGGCAGCAAGGGGGAGCCGGGAGACCGUGGUCUGAAGGGCACAGAAGGGGACAAGGGGGACAAAGGGGAGCAAGGCAUGCCUGGAGAGAAGGGGACGAGAGGGGAGCAAGGCGAGAAGGGCUCCACCGGCUUCCCAGGGGCACGUGGCCCCGGCGGGCAGAAGGGAGAGGUGGGAGCACCGGGGGAGCCCGGCGAGCCGGGCCAGCCUGGCCGCGAUGGGAUCCCUGGAGCCCGUGGGGACAAGGGGGACAUGGGACCCCUGGGCAUGCGUGGCCCAAAGGGUGACCGGGGCAUGAAAGGUGCUUGCGGCCUCGAUGGGGACAAGGGUGAGAAGGGUGAGCCGGGGCUGCCGGGGCGCUCGGGGCUGCCCGGGAGGAGAGGUGAACCGGGAGAGCUGGGGCUGUCCGGGCCGCCUGGCAUCCCCGGCAAGGAGGGACUCAUGGGGCCCAAGGGUGACCGGGGAUUUGAUGGGCAGCAGGGAGCCAAAGGAGACCAGGGGGAGAAGGGAGAGCGGGGUGCCCCGGGUGUCAUUGGUGGCCCCGGUCUCCGGGGCAGUGAUGGUGCUCCUGGCCCUCCUGGGCCCCCCGGGAGCGUUGGCCCACGAGGUCCUGAGGGCAUGCAGGGCCAGAAGGGGGAGAGAGGCCCCCCUGGACAGUCGGUGCCGGGGGCCCGCGGCGUGCCCGGCAUCCCCGGCGAGAGAGGACAGCAGGGCAGUCCUGGCACCCCGGGACAACGUGGGGAGAAGGGGGAGCCGGGAAUGACGGAGGAGGAGAUCCGCGCCUUCGUGCGGCAGGAGAUGAGCCAGCACUGCGCCUGUGGCGGCCGCUUUCCGCAGCGCCUGGACUCCCGUGAGCUCUCAGCCAGGGCCAGCACCAGCGCGGGACCAUGUACAGGGAGAAGGGAUGGAGGCUGGGGGGCUCAAGCCAGGAGCAGCUUCCGCUCUGCCCAGGGAGGAGGAAGGAGCGUCCGCCAGGACAGGGACCGCAGCCAAGCAGGGCUCUUUCCCACCCAGCCCGUCCCAGCAGUCCCUGUGCUCAAAUUGUCACACACUGAGGAAGAGGAGGGGCAGCACAGACGAGUCACACUUGAUGUUGAUGACCUCGAGUACGACAGUGAGUACGGAGAGGAGGAGGAGGACUACGAUGAGGUCCCAGAGAUGGACAGCUUAGAGCAGCCUGUAAUGGCUGCGGAGCCCUGCAGCCUGCCGCUGGACGAGGGGGGCUGCCGGCGCUACACGCUGCGCUGGUACCACAGCCAGAGCGGCGCCGAGUGCCGGCCCUUCGUCUACAGCGGCUGCGGGGGGAACAGCAACCGCUUCGACAGCCGGGAGGAGUGCGAGCUGCGCUGCGGGGCAGGUGCCCGUGGUGAUGCUGGUGGCAAGGCAAGAGCUGAGCCUGAGGCGUAACAUGGGCAGCAUCCCAUGGGCAGCAUUCCGCAGGGAGUAUCCUGCAGGCUGGGCUGUCCCAUGGCAGAUCUGGCUGCCCCCUGCCCAGGGCUGGGCUGCUGCAGAGCCGGGACCUCCGGCAGGAACCUGGUGCUAUUUCUAAUGUGUCUUUUUGCUGCUCAUGGGGUUUUUCUUUCAUAUCAGUUUUAUUGCCUGUUAAGGUGAAAUUUAUAUCAACCCUUAUCCACCCCUUUCCCACCUGGAGGUUUCCUGGGCUGUUCCCAGUGUGGUUUUUAAGUUAUUUGCUGCCGAUGGGAUGGUGUUUGGCCUCUGCUCCCUCUCUGGUGGCCCUGGAGCGGCACUCGGACUGGGCACAGUUGGAGUUCCCUCAUCUAACACCCUCAUCCCUUUCCCUGUCUCCCCCAGGCCCCAAAUGUGCCCCACUCUCUGCCCGCAUCCCUGGGCCAGGCGCUGCCUCCCCCUGUCCCUCCUCCCCCCCCCCCUGCAACCACCUCCAUCUGAAUAAAUUUCACCUUAACCUCAA